CCCGUUGGUGGCGGGAAUCCUGCACCGACUGUUGCUGGAGUGGUGGAGCGGGCUGGGAUCUGGUACUGUGACCAUGCCUGUCACCUUGUGGGCGGCCACGUUGCCAGCGGUUGUGGAGGAGCUUCUGAACGAGAUGGCUGAGGCGGUCCGGGAGAGCGCGCAAAUUCCUGAUGAGCAUUUAUUAUCGCUGAAGUUUGUCUUUGGCUCCUCAGCCAUCCAGGCAUUGGACCUGGUCGAUCGACAGUCCAUCACCUUAAUCUCAUCACCCAGUGGAAGAUGCAUCUACCAGGUACUGGGAAGUUCUGGUAAGACAUACAUAUGUUUGGCUUCUUGUCAUUACUGCUCAUGUCCUGCAUUUGCAUUCUCAGUGCUACGGAAAAGUGAUAGCCUCCUGUGCAAACAUCUCUUGGCAGUUUAUCUUAGUCAAGUUAUGAAGACCUGCCAACAGCUAAGUGUCUCUGACAAGCAACUGACUGAUAUCUUACUGAUGGUGAAGAAACAAGAUGUAUAAAGCUUUUUACCAAGCCAAAAGCAGGAAGGAACUAAAGAAUCGUGUCUAGAAGGAAGCUAACAAUGUGAAGGGAUUCCAGUCUGAAGAAGAAAAGGCAAGUGUGAGAUACCAAGAGGAGUACUAAAAGGGAGAGAAAUGGGAUUAAAGUGGGCCACGAGAGAACAAAGGAGGUAGAUAUUUUUGAAGUACAGAAAUUCCCUGUUCUUAGGCUGAGAGUAUGGAUGGACCUGUUCCCUGUUCAGCAGGGAAGCAAUUACAGAAGCCAGACCUUUCACCUUCUGCACCCCAUGGUGACCAUGGGUCCAUACUCCCACAGGGUUAAAGAAUAGGAAAGCUAUCAGGGGAGGGGGUAUUAUACGGAGCUCUGCUAGUGAGAAUUGUACCCCUCUUAUCCUAUGGUCUUGUCAGUGUUUCUAUUUUAUAAAUAAUAAAUUAAAAUAUUUUUUUUAAAUAAAAAAAUCUCCUGAAAAAAAAGUCCCUGUUCUUGCUGGGAUACUGCAGAGGAGUUAAAGCUGUAGACUGGUGAGCUACAUGACUUUACAGCCUGGGGAACCCCUUAAGCAUAAGGUGCUAGUGAAAAGACCACAGUUACUACAGUGUUCUUCGGCUUACUGAGCCUUAUUACACUGAGGUAUGGCACAACUUAUCAAGACUUUUUCUACUACUUGAGCUGAGCAUAAACAUUUUUUUAUUUUUAAUUUUUUUUAAUUAUUUUUUUAUAUUUUUUAUAUUUUUAUUUUCCCUUCUGUUGCCCUUGUCUUUUAUUAUUAUUGUUGUUAUUGAUGCCGUUGCUGUUAGAUAGGACAGAGAGAAAUGGAGAGAGGAGGGAACACAGAGAGGGAGAGAAAGACACCUGCAGA